UGCAGCGGCCCGUAGAGGAAGGGUGAUCGCAAAAUUGGACUCUGAACACACAGCAGCCUUAUUUUUUCGCUUCUGCUCAUAUUCAAAUUAUUGAAUUAGGUAAACCAAUAUUUUUUGACCGAAAGUGGACGCACCACUUUUCUCCCACAACACAAAUCCUGGCAGACUGUUGGUUUGGUCUACCCAGCGGUUAGAAAACAAUUUGUGCCACGCGCCUUGGAGCCCAAUUUGUAGUAGUAUAUAUAGAGAUUGUGGCCCCGAAUUGCAUCGUAGUUCACAGCAUCUUCUCUAGCAAACAACUCCAAGUUCAUACCGGAGAUCACAAUGAAGUUUAUCGUUGCUAUUUUGGCCGUCGUCGCGGUGGUUGCCGCCCAGGAUCUCUACACAAACAAGUACGACAACAUCGAUGUCGAUGAGAUUCUGAAAUCGGACCGUUUGUUCAAGAACUACUAUCAGUGCCUCACCGAGGAAGGACGUUGCACCUCGGAAGGUAACGAGCUGAAACGCAUCCUACCGGAAGCUCUGGAAACUAACUGCGCCAAAUGCAGCACGAAACAGCGUGCCACCGCUGUCAAGGCGUUCGGAUAUUUGAGCGUGAACCGUGCCGAGGAGUGGAAAACCCUGCGCACCAAGUUCGACCCUGAAGGCAAAUACAUCGAGCAGUAUCGCGAGGAAGCCGAGAAGAACGGUAUCAAGCUGUAAAGAUUGGGCCGCUGUUUGAAAUGUAAAUUCAAAAUUAAAAAUUUCUGAUAUUGUAUGUUGAACAAAUUAAGUUAUUUGUCGCGCUGUUAUUCCU